UGAGCCUGGUGGUUAAUCUUUAUGAUACUCUUGACAGAGGAAACAGUGGAAGGUCUAGCAGCAGUACAGAGGUACAAUAUUAUCUAUUAAUUGGACUGUAGAUCACAUCACAAACAGUGUGCUGCCAGAGGCUGGAAGCUGCAAUGAAGAGCACGAGGACUGGACGGCUUAGUCUCCUGUGAAACACGGAGGAGAAAGGACUGUCUCCACCAGCCAGCCACAGUCUACAGUCGGAUUUACUUAAAACACAUGUUACUUUCAACAGUCACCUGACAUACUGCGAGGGUCCACAUUUGUCGCUAAGUUUUUAGCAGUGCGUAUAUGCUGACCGCCUGGAGGUAAAUCUACUCGUUCAAUUAUAUUUCUCUGGGGAAGAAGGUGGGAAAAGGAAAUCCUGAAAUGUGAAAACCAAACAAAUCGGAGAAAAAAUGAGCUAGGUGAUUGAUGCAGGAACCUCUUGUAAUCAGUUCCAGCGCUACAGAAGAAGACUUGAUUCCAAUAAUCUGGAAGGGUUGUUGCACAGUGCUGCUGCGGGACUUCCUAUUCCACUGCAAACUGUAAUUGGUUCCAAACCUGGAUAAAGCGUUGUGGAUUGAACUGAGACCUCGUUAGAUUUGGGCUGUGAAACAGCUGUAUCUGCAGAUUUUACAUCUGGCUGGGAAGAUUGUGAAGACUUGGCUUUAAGAAUGCAAAGGGAUUAAGAAUGGUCUUUUUGUAACCUGAAGGAGGUUGAUAGGUGUAUUAAGGAAGCGGAGCAGCAGGAUGCUCACAUAUGAGUGAAUGGGAAGGUGAUGCAGUUCUUGAAGGAGAUUAAAUCAAACCAAGCACACUGUGCCCAGAAGUAAAGAAGGAGAUUUUUACAGUGCAAUCUAAUACAAAUCUGAUUCACACCUGCUGGCUGGGAGUAAUAGAGGCUCCCACCUGGGACUAAUGCCAGUCAUUUCCCUUUUCAGAAAAGCAUCCAGCUGAAUGUUGAUAAGGUUCUAAGGAUGAGUAAGAGAUACACACAAAAAGCAACACAAAGGACACUGCUACUUGUUAUCUGCGUGAUAACCCUUUGGGGGAAAUCAGUAACAGCAGUAAGCCACCAUAAAGCUCACCAUGUCAAAACGGGAACCUGUGAGGUGGUGGCAAUACACAGAUGUUGCAACAAGAACAAGAUAGAAGAAAGGUCUCAGACAAUAAAGUGCUCCUGCUUUCCAGGACAAGUGGCAGGGACGACUCGUGCUGCCCCUUCCUGUGUUGAUGCCUCAAUUGUGGAGCAGAAAUGGUGGUGUCAAAUGCAUCCAUGCAUGGAUGGAGAGGAAUGUAAAGUCCUCCCAGAUCUCAAAGGCUGGAGCUGUGCUUCGGGAAAUAAAGUAAAAACAACUAAGGUAGCUCGAUAGUUCAAGAUCUGAAUGGCAAUCAGCAUCCUGAGAUUUUGAACUCGCUCCUAACCUGCUGCGGUUCCUCGGGAGCUGUGGGGGUUUUUUUGUACAUAAAAAUGGGUUUUCAUAACUUUGUCGUUUUAAUGAAGAAAUAUGCCUACAUUUGGAAUACAGAAGAAUAGCACAAGGAAAACAAGGACAGCUAGAGGAGAUUUUCAUUUAUGAAGACCUGCAGUGGAGUAAACAGCAAGCAGAUCUUCUCUUUAAAAAAUAACUAGGAGGUAAUAAGUAGGAGGUGAACAUAUGUGCUCUUUUGCAACCGAACAUGCUGUUAUGAAACAGUCAUCUCUGCCACGUGCUGGAAUACCGAGGAUAAUGUUAUUAAAAAAUGAAAUAAUGUUCUUUGCCACAGUAAAAGGUGAACAGGUUUAUUUGCUUUUAAAUGCGUUUUUCAAUACCGUGGGAUUGUCUUUGUUAUAUGAAGACGAUAAUGUUGAGUAGUGAUAACUGUUGACAGUCUAUGCCUAAAUAUAUGUAAAUUAUAUACAAAAUAUUCACAAGUCUUGGACUACCUAAUAAUGCCUUAAGUAAGGUAGUCCCAGAUUAGUGCUAAACAGGAUCUGUGAAAUCACCUGUGAGUUUUUAAAUGGUCUUUUCAUCUCUUAUCAGUUCCAUACCUUGUAAAUCGUGUGCAAUGCUGGUCCAUUUCUAGUAAAUUAGGUUAAAAAUAGAGAUGCCAACUUCUAGUAAACAGCAACGAACAGCACUGACAUUUCUAGGACGCAUUUAUGUUUCUGAACCUAAACUAUUUAGUGUUUAGUGAUGGUAUAACUUUUGGCAUUUUAAGAAGGACGUUAAAAAACAUUUUAGUUUAAAAAUAAAAUCACAGAACUCAAGUCAUAUUGAAUACUAAAUAAAAAGGAAACACCAAAUUAAUACUGUACAUGAAACCAAUUAACCCUCCUAUAAACCCAAUGUAACAUUAUUUCAAACACAUAUUCCUGGCAGAAGCUAAAACAAGACAGGGUAAUCAUUCAAAAGGAUUCUGUUUGUUUUGCAGAACCAUUUUGUUUUUCCAAUAAAUGUAUUUCAUGCAGGCUUCAGAUACUUGAAGUGAAGUCAAUAAGACAGGAAAGACUUCAGUGUGACAGGCCUAAUUCUACUCAGUUGCCCAUUCAAUUACAUUGUGGAAAUUCCAGCAACACAGUUUCAAACUUGGGUGUAAAACACUACUUUAAAUAUCUGUGACUAAUAAUUCUGACAUGAUACAUAAUUUCUUUAACACAUCAUAGUUAAAGAAAACUUUAUUAUAGUGUUAUUUGGUCUGGCAAGGAUCUGCAGGAAUAUGUUUGCAUUUAUGAGAUCCCUCUAAUCUAUUAUUUUAGCACCAGGCUCUGAUUAUAAACUGCUGAUGUUAGUUGAAGUUUAUGUCCCCUAAUAUAUACAUAUCGCAGGCUUUUGUUACUUCUUCUGCCAGAUGUGCUGCAGUGAUAGUACAUACUAUUUUUUAAAAACCCAGCACUGUCAUCAAAAUGUAUUUGUACUCAUUGUGAACCCAAUAAACCACAAUCAAGACGUUUGCUAGUGUACCUUUUUAGUUUAGAGUAUAUCUGACAUCAAAAGCACUCGCACCAACGUUGAAGGAAACAUGUCCAGGGCUGAACAAAAUUAUCCAGAUGUAUCUCAACUACUGUAGUUUUUAAAUGAUUGGAAUAUCAAAUUAUUCAACUUUUAUUUAAUUAAUUUUACUGAACGAUGAUGAGGAAGGCACUUGGAAAAGAGUUGAAGGCUAAUCGCUGGACUCAUUUGUUGCAGUACGUAUAUGGAAAGUUAACUUAACACUUCAACUUUUUUUAAACCUAGGCUGUCAUGUUUAAAGCUUAAAGUAUGCAUAUAAUUCUAAAUCAUGCUUUUGGAAUAUUUUUGUUUCAAUAAUAAAAAAAAAUAAAAAAAUAAAAAUCUCUUUGUCUAAAAACAAAAUGUAACUGCAAUGUAAUAUAAUGUAUUUAAACAUACAAUCGUCCCAUCUAUUGGAAAAAAAUGUAUUAUUUACAGUAAGUUAAUGUUGUCCAAAGAGGUGAAUAAAAUUGUGAUACAAAAGA